AUGCGAAGCGGAGAGUUGUUGGACACUCCGUUGAUUUCACGUGUCUCCGCUGCUGUAGGAACUGGAGUGCACGGAGGUGUCAUCAACUGUGCGGGGUCCUGCAGUUCAGGCAUGGAUGGAGCAGCCGGGACAACAUCACCGGCGAGACUGAACAUGACAGCCCCGCCAAGUGAGUCCAAGUCGGCGACGGCUAGCGGAGUCUUUUCGGUAGGACCAGAUGGAGCAUCUUGUGUUGGGAAACCAGGAAGAACUGGUGUUCAGACUUUAAAUGGAAGUGUCGUGGUCACGAACUGUCACAUUCCAGCUGACGGUAGCAGUGACAGCAACUCUCAGCCAGCUGUCACGCUUGUAAACAACGGACCUGUUUCUGCGAUCAAAGGCAGCGCAGCACCUCACUGCUCUAUUAUUCAGACUCCAGUCUCGAGUGGACAUAAUACGGUCACCUCGCCUGUGAUUUCGUCUCAGUCCUCCGUGAAUAGUGUUCCCACGGUCACGCUCGUCAGGCCACCUAUGCAAACUCCCAGCAACACCUCACACCUUACCACAGUCUUAACAACGGCACCUGUCACGGUUGGAUCUGUUGCCAACUCCACAAAGACUAUAGUGCAGACUGGUGCACAAGUCGUCGCUUCAACUGUUUUGACCGGGACAACCGCGACUGUAUUGCAGAACCUGAGGACUUCAGUACCAUCAGCAAUCGCUGCCGCUUCUCCUGGUGGAGUUCGAACCAUUGCCCCACAGGUGCUGGCCCCUCGACUUACUCAGCAUCAUCAAAAUGCCCCAAACGCUCCAAAUAUCCAAAACAUCCAGCUGCCUCCAGGCAUGGUCUUGGUUCGUAGUGAGAGUGGGCAGCUGCUGAUGAUACACCAGCAGACCUUGGCUCAGAUGCAGGCUCAGUCGCAGUCCCAAAACGCCAUGACGCCGCGACCCGUCGCCCCCACGAGCACUCCACCUGUGCACAUCACUUCUCUACAGGCUCCAACUGCAUCACUGCUCACUCGUUCAGUUGCCCCCACCACUAUUAUUAAACAAGCGACCACAGCCCAAACCUCUGUGACAGCCACCACACAACUGCAGAGGCCUCCUGUGUUGCAGAACACCAUCAUGAUGGGAGGAGCUGCUACCACCCCAGAACAGCCACUGGGGACGUCCACCACUGUUCAGGCUGGAUCUGCAGCCACUACAGUAACAGCAAGGUGUGGGCCCAUGAGGCCCCCUCCAAUAGCUGUCUCAGCUGAGACACUGGAGAAUGUGAAAAAAUGCAGAAACUUUCUAUCCACGCUGAUUAAGCUGGCGUCCAAUGGAAAACAGACCUCCGAGACGACGGCCAGUGUUAAGGAGCUGGUCAAAAAUUUGCUGGAAGGAAAGAUAGAGCCUGAAGAUUUCACCGGUAGGUUAUACCAGGAGCUCCAUUCCUCACCACAGCCUUACCUUGUGCCUUUCCUGAAGAGAAGUCUCCCAGCGCUGCGUCAGAUGACUCCAGACUCUGAUGCCUUCAUCCAGCAGAGCCUCCUGCCUCAGCCCAGCACUCGGCCUGCUGCGGCGGCUUCUACGGCCCUCACCGCUGUGGUGCUGCGACCUCCGCUGUCCACUGCAGCCACUGCAGCCACCAGCACCGCUGCAACCAAAACCACAGUCAUCAGCCUCACUCAGACGCCGCACAGCAAAUCAGCACUGAUCGUGCCACAACAACAGGGGGCGAUGGCGAGGACACAGAUGACAGUAACUCAGUCUCCCAUGGUGACACUGAGAGGACAACCUCAAAGUCGCAUCGUUGUGGGUCAGCAGCCACAGGUCGUCAAACAGCUACAGACAGUUCCAGCUGUGAAACAGAUGUUGGCUCCAGCGGCAAAAGGAGGACAAGUCAUCAGUCAGACCCUUCUCACUGCUGCUCAGAGGAACAAGCUGAAGGAGGCAGGAGGAACCUUCAGGGAUGAUGACGAUAUCAAUGAUGUGGCCUCUAUGGCAGGAGUCAACUUGUCGGAGGAGAGUGCCCGUAUCUUAGCAACCAGCUCUGAACUUGUUGGCACGGUGACUCGUUCCUGUAAGGACGAGGCCUUCCUCUCCACCACCUUACUCACCCGGAGAGCUCUUGAGAUCGGUAAGAAGUUUGGCGUCAGCGAGUUGAGCUCAGACGUGAUCAACUACAUUUCCCACGCGACACAGCAGCGGCUCCAGAACCUGCUGGAGAAGGUGUCACUGGCGGCCCAGCAGAAGAACAUAAAUUUGAAGGAGGACGAGCGGGCCGAGCAGGUCAGCGACGUGCGAAGUCAGCUCAAGUUCUUUGAGCAACUGGAUCAGAUGGAGAAGCAAAGGAAGGAGGAGCAAGAGCGAGAGAUCCUCAUGAAAGCCGCCAAGUCUCGGUCGCGGCAAGAGGAUCCCGAGCAGCUCCGACUCAAACAGAAGGCCAAAGAGAUGCAGCAGCAGGAACUGGCUCAGAUCAGGCAGAGAGAGGCCAACCUCACGGCUCUGGCAGCAAUCGGCCCGAGGAAAAAGCGGAAAGCGCACUCUCCUGUUCGAGGUGCCAGUGCAGAGGGCUCAGGAUCAGGGCCGUGCCCGCCUGCAGGCUCCAGUGGAGCCGGCUCCAGACAGUUUAUGCGACAGCGCAUUACCAGAGUCAACCUCAGGGACCUGCUCCUCUGCCUGGAGAAUGAAAGAGGGACCAGUCACUCACACCUGCUGUAUAAAGGCUUCCUCAAAUAGCACCCGCAGUAAAGUGACUAGUCUCACUCAGUGGCAUUAAGGAAGCGGAGCCGACUGUCGGCUCAGUCCCACUCUGCCAGUUCUCCCUUUGAUCACUCACCGCAGGACGUGGAUACGUCUGUCUUUGGGAAGAGAAUUUACCCGCAACAACGAAGAGACGUCGGCUUUUAAAAAGCCUCUUCAGGCGUAGCCCCCCCCUCCCCUUCCAGCACAGAGACGGAGCAAAUAUUAAGAGUUCAGCCUUUGUCUCGGCUCUGUUUGCUCUACAGAGACCAGUCUUUCCUCACCGGCACUUCCCCCGUGCAGAUGCCUCAUGCUGCACAUCAAGACAAAAGCCUCCGACUGAACCAGGCCCUUUACAUUUGAGAAACCUUGUUAGUGUCGUUGCACUAACAUCGAGGUUGUAGCAGCAAAUCUCUGUGGGGAGACUCCCCUUUUGUGUAAGGUUCAGGUACAGCCUGCUUUUUACAGAACCGCAGUAAUUUUAUUUAGAUUUUAUUUAUGACACAUUUUUACUAUACUAUAUUUUACAUCACAGUUUCACAUCCCAUGGAUUGUUUUACACAGACUAAUCUGAACUCGUCUCUUGCAGUUGCCUUCUUUAGAUUAAGCCAUAUGGAUUAGAAUGGAUUUUAUGUAACAUUUUAUCUAUUCAGCAGUGCUUUCAGAUUUGAGGGGGUUGUGUACAUUAUUGUUCUGUUGUUUUUUUUUGUCCUUGCUCGAUUAGACACAAUCAUUGAUAGAUUUAUAUCAUGCAUUGUGCGAGGUUUAAUCACAGGUGUUGACAUUUGACUGUAGAUUAUGUACUGCAGAGAUUUGAUGUAAUUUACAUUCCUGUCCCAUCUUUUCUGAAUCUUUUUUUUUUUUCUUUCUACAUCUACCAAGUAAAAUUCAGUUGGCUGUCUGUCAAUAUCCGGGUGCCAAGGUAACUGACUUCACGAGUUAUUUACAAGAUCCAAGAACAGUGACAUUCACAUUAUGAAAUGAAUGACGUGGCUCUGGCUCCGUCUGCGUUUUUUUUUUUAUAAAUGUCACAUUACGCAGCCUUAGUUUAAAAUGCGAGACGUGCAAUGAUCAAGUGACAUCUGGCUAAAAACGUGUUUUUAUUGUCAUACAUUUGUAUUUGUAUGUCUAAAAAAAAAAAAAAAAAAUAUGUACCACUGUUGUGUCAUUUGGAAACAAAGUGGCUGUUUGAAAUGUAACAGCACUGUUUGGCUCAUGUGCUAUAACGUGAAUUUUUAGAAAUUAGAAAUUUAGAAAUUUUUAUUGAUUAACACAAAAAAGUUUUUUAUAGGAAUUAAUAUUUAGUAAUAAAUGUGUGAAGUUUAGUUGCAUGGAAUGCAAAGUAAGGUCAAUUUUAUAAAAGGAAAAAAAAGUCAAUCAAAUGAUCAUACACGAUAUCUUUUUAUAUUUUUAAUGCACAUAAUUAUAAUUUUGAUCUUUAUACCCUUUUGUCUUUUCAUAAAGAAUGUUCACGGACAGAUUUUAUUACUAUUUAUACUUAAGUUUGCUGUUUGACAACAACUUCAAAUUGAAAAAGACACAUCUGUCUGCAUUUCUCGUGUACAUACAUGUGUCAUGUGAGAUGAAUAUAUGAUGCUUUGUUGCCAAUGUGAUGUACAUUUUUGCACAGCCACUUGUUUAUAUGUAAAUAUCUGAAUUGAGAAGUUUUUAAAUUGCUAUUUUAUAACGGAUUGAGGGAGAGACUGAUCUCUCUCCAGAAAAUUAAAUAUCUCUAUCAUAUCUCA